CGUCCAUGAGUACGCCGGAAGGUCUCCCACAGACCUCUCCGACCGCGUGCGUCAAUUCACACGUCAGGAGUCCGUAGCCAUUGAUCUGGUCUCAAGCUGCUGUCCGGUGUCUUACUCCACAGGCGCGGAAGCGGGGGAAACGCACGAGAGCCGAGAGCCAGGUGCCAUGCAGAUGCCGCUGGCGCAUGCUGUGCCCACAGGUUCGGCCACGGAGGGCGAGCCCGAGGCCGCGGCGGCACCCUGGCCGCGGUCCCGCUGCCGCCCGCCGGCGGUCGGUGCGCUCGCCGUGCUCCCGGUGGUGGCGGUCUGCGCAGUCGCGGGGGGCGGUUCUGGCGGCCCGGUCCCCGUGCGCUGGAGGCUGGUCGGCGUGAUCAGCAUGCCAGAUCGGGGCAAGGAGGCGAGGAGGGCGCCGUGGACAUCUCCGAGGCGAGGAGGCGAGGAGGCGAGGAGGCGAGGAGGCGAGGAGGGCAAGGAGGGCAAGGAGGCGAGGAGGCGAGGAGGGCGCUGAGCAGGGCGUCGCCCUCGUGGCCAGGAGAUGAAGCCAGGCGGCACUCCGUCCGAAGGGGGCGAAGAAGUUGCUGGAUGAUGGGAAGGUGGUAGCGUUGAUGGCCUCUGGGGGAGACCCCGCGGGUGUGGGGAAGGCCGAGGGUUUUUGCAAUGAGGCAGGUGCUGAUGGACGAAGGGAUCCUAGAGGACAUGAUCAUUUUGGAGUCUCAGGCAUUCACAACGGCGGAGAGCUUCUGGUUUGCCAUGCGGUGAAUCCCUCCAAGCACAGACAAAUUCUACAUAGUGACAUCUGAAUUUCACGCUCCCAGGGCAUGGUGGACCGCUAGUGCUGUCUUCAAUCACUUCUACACGAUUCUUGAGGACGAGUUCAAGGACGAUGAGCGCUGGACAAGCUCGACCAAUAAGUACCCGAGAUUGGAGGCGAUAGUAGUGGCCAUUCCCAACUUCUGCGGUACAGACCCCUCCACUGCAGACGACGUCUCUCUCGGUGUUGAUGUCAGUCGGAGGUCGCUGGCAUACCGCGCGAUGCGCGAGAUGGGCAUCAUCCAAUGGAAGCCCGCUGAUAUGUACGGUGCCGCCCCGAAAGAGGGCCAGCUCAACCUGAACGCUGUCUGGUUCGCCACGAUCGACGUCAACAAGGACACCGAGACGGCCAAGAAUUGGGAUGCUGCGAUAGCGCAGAUGAUGAACGUCGUCCAAGCAGUGUGCGUGUGCAGGGGGGGCAUGGAGGGGGACGGGCCAGAGAUCGAAGAGUAUCCUCUGGUCCUGCCUAUCAGCUCGGACUUCCCCGCGGGAAAGACAGUCGACGACUGGGAAGCAGCCAAGAAGGAGUGCAAUCCCGACUCUGAUAGGUGGAUUUUGGUAAAAUUCUGUCCGGGAAGGGCAAGGAGGAGGCCGAGCUCGAGCUCUCCGACGACUGCGACACAAUGCAAGUCGCAGAUGCCAGCGCUCCGACGACUACCAGGAAGCCCUGAGCGCUCCGACAUCGCCCUGAAGCUUGGACAUCUCAGCAGCUUCCAGAAAUGGAGGGCGGGCCGUUGUCAACGUUCGGCAGUAGUUGCAAGGUGGGAUGGCGGGCCGUCGUCAGCAUGUCAGCGCGGGCUGAAGCUCCAGGAGUCUCCCGUUCAGUUUUUCCCUGCUGUUUUGGAUUCGAUGCGGCUCAGAUGCAAUCGGAAGGCGGUGUGCGAAGCAUUCCAGAUUAAUGACCUCGUCGUCAUUCUCUCGCGUUCCUCCGCGCGGAUCUCCCAGAGUCUCCGCCGCCGGGCCAGUUGUUGCUCCCGUCUCCAUUUGUUCGCAGUGCCUGCAAUUUCGCGCUCCUCUCGUGGCGCCGCCUGAUCAUGCCCUUAGCAUGCAGCCGACAUGCCCUGGCUUCUACACUUCCGCCAUCUGGUGCCCCGCGCGCCCAGCAGCGUUCAUGGAGCCUCGGCGGGGGCCCGGCGCCUACGCGCGCACUGGCGCGCGCUGGCGCGCCAGGGGGGGCCCCGGCGCCGAGCCAGCGCGUCCAAGCGGGCGCGCUCAGGGGAGGAUCGGGGGAGGAGAGGGGCAGCGCCGAUCCAAUCCGCGCGGAUCUCCGAGGGUUUCCGCCGCCGGGCCAUGGGUGCCUCUCCAGGGGCCGCCGGCAAGGUCUCGGCAGGCUCGCGCUCGCGGCGGCGCGCCCAGGGGGGUGGGGGGCCAGACAGGGAUGCACCGUUGGGCCAGGGCUGGGACACUGUAGGGCGCGCUGGUGCUGCCACCCAGCCCCCGUAGGGCCCCCCGUUUUUUUGGGUUCGCGCGCGUGCGCGCCGAAAGGAUUUUUCGCUCGAGCGGCUGCAGCUGUCGCGCGAACGCACUUCGCCUAGACAGCAUACCCUCGGCCGGCUCACGCUGGUGGCGGCGCGCCCAGGGGGAUGUGGCUGAGAGGGGCGUCGGCGGGGCUGUGGCAGGGGCAGAUCGACUUGCAGCAGCUUCAAGGAUAGAGGGCGGGUCGUGGUCAACAUGUCAGCACGGGCGGAAGGCCCAGCAUGGACGGCUUCGUCGUCAUUUUCGCAGUUGGCUCUCCACACUGAGCCGUGCAACCUGUCAUCCAGCGAAAUCCAGAUCCAUCGUGCAUGCUGGCUUUCGUAGAUCGAUCCACGGU